UAUAAAUUUUUAGUAAUAUUGAAAAUGAAAAGCUCAAAACGCCUCGUUUGGGGUCUUCUUUGUCUCGGCAAUGCAUCUCUUUGGAAAAAGCAAAUGGAGAGGAAAAUGGCUACCUCAACACCAUCGGGUGGAAGUGGAAGUACGAAGGGGACAUCAAGAAGCAGCAGCACCAGAGAAGACACUGCUAAAGCAAUGGUCGCUGAACAGAUUUCUCAGGCCGUACAAUCUACCUCCAAUCUCCUCCACCUCAUGCAACAAUCCUCUGCUUCUCAGGCCCAGCUAAUGAAGCUCCCAAAGAACCUCCUAGCAAAAGCGUCUGAAAUGAAGAACACUGAGCAAGUGUUAGAGCAGAUGCCUCGGGUAAUUUCAUCCUUGGAUGCACAUAUGGAAAGUGGAUUGGAAAGUGUGCCUCAUUUGAGAACUGUAAUCCAGUUGCUUGCUAACAUGGAAAGCUGCCAGCUUAACUUUCCUUCUCAAGCUCAACUUCCUCAGGAGGAAACUGAGCUCCCAAAUCAAACUCCGGAGGUGGGUUAAUUGACUGGCCUUUCCAACCAUUUUGAAGGCUCAGUCGAAUAGAAGCAUUAUGAACCAUAACCGGGGAUCCUUCAGAAUCUAGCUAAAUGAUGUUAUGAGGUUGCACUGUAUAUCGUGCAUAACAAGUAAAUAUUUCUGAUCUAGGAGUGUUCCUGUGCUUUCAUAUAUAUGCUCCUUUUUGAGUCUCAUGAUAGACUUUUUCAAGGAUUAGAAAAUAUGUUCUUAAACUUGAUCAUGGCCUGCAUAACUCAAGGGGGAACAACUAGCAGGCCAUGUCUUGAUCUUACCAAUUAUUGUUCCAUGGCUUGCUGACCAAAUGGAAUGGAAGUAACUCUUCCUGUUUUUUAUCA